AUGUCAAUGUCCCCUCCAAAGCUUUCGCAUUCCUCUAAGAAGACCAUUGACCGCGAAUUCCAUCUUCUGGGUGCUCUUAGAGAGAUCCAUUCAGACCCAGAUACUGUUGCUUUUCUUGACCGUGCCCAGAGUCACAUCGGUAUGACUCGUGUGUCUAGCCUUCGGGGGCCCUUCCAAAGGUCUCUUAUGCAUUAUGCCGCAAUGGGGAACUGCACGGAAAUGCUUCGAUUUUUAUUACGGGAGGGUGCAUCGCAAAAUGAUCCUGAUGGAAACAAGCGAACGCCCCUCUCGUGGGCCGCUGAGUACGGUGCACUAAACGCAGCCAUAAUUCUGGUGCAAAGUGGUGCCAAAGUGAAUCAGACGGAUGACAUGUUCGCAACACCCCUGACGGGCGAGAUCCUGAAUCUUUGUCUCCGGGAAAGGGGCGACCUUGGUGUGGUGGAGCAAUUACUCCGUUUCCCCACGAUCGACAUCAACCGCCAGGACUCCCGGGGAAUGACACCGGCCAUGCACGCACUUAUGUCUGGUGAAUUUUAUAACCUGCAGCUUCUACUCAUGGAUGAUCGGACAGAUGCGAACAUCACCAAUAUCUGUGGCCAGACGUUACUGCACUUGGCUGCACGCAGGGCCAAUGCUGUAGCAAUUCAGAUCCUGGUGCGCCAUGCACGUAUCGACGUCAAUUGCCGCAACGCAGAGGGUGAAACUCCGCUUCUUUUGGCUGCAAAGCAAACCUGCUGCGAUAAGUCCGGCCAGGCAGUCCUUUCCUUACUUGACUCUGCCAACGUCGAUAUUAAUACUCGAGAUAUUAGCCGUCGAACCCCUCUUUGGUACGCUGCGGAGGGGCACGACGAUGAUUUGGUGUGCGUCAUUCUGCAGAGGUUAGAUGUAGACUUCUGCGGCGAUCAGGACUCAGUAACUCCGUUGACACUUGCGGUUCGGAGGGGCCGCGAAAGCAUUGUGAAACACGUCCUAUGCCAUCCUAAUUUUUCUAUCCCGGUGACUGGAGCUGCGGUUUCUCCAAUGUGGGAUGCAUGUCGUUUAGGGAACCUGAAUCUCGUCAGGGAGCUCUUGCGCUGGAAUGUGAUUGAUGUCAAUCAAAUGGGCCCUACGGGAACUAGCCCUCUCCAGGUGGCUAUAAUAGGGCAACAUGUGUCGAUCGUUCGCCUUCUCUUAGGCCAGGGAGACCGAGUGUCAGUCAACGACCGGGGACCACAAGAAUGGUCAGCGCUUACAUUCGCUGCUGCGGCUGGGCACGACGAGAUUGUUUCAUUGCUACUAGGUAACCCUCAUAUAGAUGUCAACCACACCGACGAUCUGGGAAGGCGGCCAUUGUGGAAUGCCGAACGGCCUAUUGCACGAUUCGAAUAUGUCCACCACUCCAACAUCCUCUCCUCCCGGGAGUGCUAUCUGGAUGCUUCAUUUGUCUACGCAUUCGUGGAGGACUUUCCACUCUCACUCGGACACCUUGUGACCUCCACUAUCUUCCCUUCGGAGCUGGAGCUGGGUGCAAUUCUCGCUCAGAUACUGGCUGGCUUAGAGUUCCUUGGCAACUUUGGACUCGCGCAUCAAUCUCUACCAUGCAAUGAGAUUCUCCUCGGUUUAGACGGAAUGAUCAAAAUUGAAUGCUCCCCGCGCGAGUCACAUGCACGACAUAUCGCUGCCAUCUCGCCUAUGGCCAUGUUGCUGAUGCAGAAGGGGGAGAAAGGUGCAGGAACCGCCGGGGUACACGACGCGGGUCGAUGGCCGGUCGAUUCGGACGCUGUCAGUUUCCUAUCCGCAGCAUCGGUAGCGGGGUCUAUUUUCACUUUGCGACAGCAUCCCUGUUAG